AUGACGACCGUCCAAGUGAAGGAGAAGAUUGAUCUGACUGAGAUAGAGAGGAAAAUAUUCGACCGGCUUCUCGGUACUCUUAGCUAUUGCAACCUCAACACACGGCUUCGUGUCGCCGGUGGUUGGGUGCGGGAUAAGCUUCUAGGGAAAGAGAGUAAUGAUAUUGACAUAGCUAUUGAUAAUAUGUUGGGAAGUGCGUUUCUUGACAAGGUCAAGGAGUAUCUAUCUUCUAUAGAAGAACAAGUACAAGGAGUUAUUAUUAUUGAAAAGAAGCCUGACCAAUCCAAACACUUGGAAACAGCAAGGAUGCGGCUUUAUGACCAAUGGAUUGAUUUUGUUAAUUUGAGAAGUGAAGACUAUACAGAAACUAGUCGUAUUCCUACGGUGAUGAAGUUUGGCACCGCUGAAGAAGAUGCUUAUAGGAGAGACCUAACCAUAAAUAGUUUGUUCUAUAACAUCAAUACUGGUUUGGUUGAAGAUCUUACAAAAAGAGGCAUCGAGGAUCUUAAAUUCGGGAAAAUUGUUACACCUUUGUCUGCCAAAGUUACGUUUCUUGAUGAUCCUUCGCGAGUUCUUAGAGGAAUUCGGUUUAGUGCUAGGUUUGGUUUUACGCUAGAUGAAGAACUUAAAGAAGCUGCUUCAAGUGAGGAAGUAAAGCUAGCUCUUGGAGGAAAGAUAAGCAGGGAGCGGAUAGGGACUGAAAUUGAUGCGAUGAUAUCCGGGAACGGACCAGUUUCAGCGGUUACUUGUCUUUGUGAUUUGAAACUUUUUAGUGUUGUCUUUUCCUUGGAGCCUACACCAUCAGAGGGACGACUGUGUAAAGCCUACUUGGAGGCUAUGUGGUGUCUCAUCCAAACACUUGGGAUAAGUAAGUUCAGCGGUGAAAAAAGAAGACUUGCUCUAUAUGCUGCUUUAUUUCUACCUUUUAGGAAAACAGAUUACAAAGACGAGAAGGGGAAGCUCAUUCCUGUUGUUAACCAAAUCUUCAAACUCUCCAUGAAGCGGAAGACCAUUGACGCUGAGAAAGUUCUGAAUAUACACUGAAACGCAGAGAGAUUGAUACCGUUGAUUCGUCCCCUUCAGUCGAAGAAUGAUGUUAUACAACUUGAUUCAGAUACUGAUGUUCUUGAUCCAGAGGUCCCAGUAGCUUCAAGACUAAGAGUACUCACAGGUUUUAUUCUUAGAGAAAUCAAAGACCUGUGGCGUGUUGCACUCUUAACGUCUUUGUUGUUGUGUACGAUUGAUGGUAUGAAUGAAGAUCAAGAAAUCGGGCAAGUGGACUUCAAACUUGACAAGACGCAUCAACUUUAUCUAACAGUUGAGGAAACCAUUUGUGAAAUGGGUCUUGAUAAAAUUGGGGACGUAAAGCCACUGGUGAAUGGCAGAGAGAUCAUGCAAUUCGCAAAUCUUACGGGAGGAUCCAUCAUCCGUAAAUGGCAACAGAAUGUGCUUACAUGGCAACUAGCUUAUCCUAGUGGCUCAGCAGAUGAAUGCAAAGAUUGGAUGAGAGAAACCAAAGGAAAAAAACAAAGAACACAGUGA